GUGGGACAGAGGCGUGGAGUGACAGCAGCUGAGUGCAAAGGUUUUAUAUUCCUUUUAGGAUUCCAGAGACAAAAGGACAAGAGGUGACAGGAGAACUAAGUUCAGUGUGGAGAAGAUAGAGCUGCUAACAUGGAGCAGGAUAAAGUCGUGGAGAGUGUUAAACAAAAGCUUAAAGACCAUCUCCAGGAAAAGUUUACCUGGAUAAAUGAGGGCACAUCGGAUAGUCGGUCUCGACUUGACAGCGUCUACACAAAACUCUACGUCACUCAGCAGGUUCAGGAAUUUGGUUCCAUAUCACAUGAGAUUCUAGAUCACUUUAAUGUCCCACAUCUGCAGUCAUCAUUUUCACAGGUGAACGAUCAACAGAUCAAUUUCCUAAAUAUCUUUAAACCAGGAAGAAUUCAUGUUCAGCAACAACCAGCAAGAGACAAGACAAUCCAAAGAGUGAUGAUGAAAGGCAUCGCUGGCAUUGGAAAGACAUUUGCUGUCCAAAGCUUUGCUGUAAACUGGGCUGAAAGAAAAUCUAACCAGCACAUUGAUUUCAUCUUUGUGCUCCCCUUUAGAGAGCUGAACAUGCUCAGAGAUGCCGACUACAGUCUGCUGCAGCUUCUCCUUCACUUCUACCCUGAAAUAAAACCCCUAGAAGGUACACAGCAGCUUGUUCACAAGCAAGUGCUGUUCAUCUUCGAUGGUUUGGAUGAAAGCAGAUUUCCACUGGACUUUGAUGGAGCUGUGAGAAUAAGUGAAAUAGAUGAAAGAUCAACAGUCGAUGUGCUGCUGACCAACCUCAUCCAAGGCAACCUGCUGCCUCGCGCUCUGCUCUGGGUAACAUCCAGACCUGCAGCUGCCAGUCAGAUACCUUCUAAAUACAUUGACCAGAUGACAGAAGUCCAAGGUUUCACUGAGCAACAAAAAGAGUCGUACUUUAGGAAGAGAUUCAGGACUGCUAAUCAGGCAGGAGAAAUCCUGUCUCGUCUUAGAGGAAUGAUCAGCUUCUAUUUCAUGGGCCAUAUCCCAGUGUUUUGCUGGAUCAUCGCUGAGGUGUUUAGGAAAGGAUUGAGUAAUGAGAGGAGCCGCAGCAUCACAACGAUGACAGAGCUGUACAUUUAUUACUUACUAAUUCAAACACAAAGAACAAGACAGAAAUAUGCAGGGAAAAGCUCCAAGAAGAGGUCCAAACAGAAGAAGUCUCAAACCCAGAACUCUGCCAUGCUUUUAAACCUGUCCAAGUUGGCAUUUGAACAGCUGCAGAAAGGAAACAUCAUAUUCUAUGAAGACGACCUCACAGAAAGUGGCAUCGAUGUUGAUGAAGCGUCAGUGUUUUGUGGAUUUUGCUCAGAGAUUCUUAAGGAAGAACGAGGCCUGUACAAGAAAAAGAUGUUCAGCUUUGUGCAUUUAAGCUUUCAGGAGUUUCUUGCAGCUCUCUACAUGUACCACUGCAUCCUGUCGGACAACCUCAGUACUUUGAAGUCUUUCCUGGGUGUUGAUCCGACAGAUCUGAGCUUUCUGGAUUUGCAGAAAAAGGUUGUGGAUAAAGCUUUGCAAAGCGAGAAAGGUCAGUUCGAUCUGUUUCUGUGUUUCUUCCUUGGAUUUUCUCUGGAGUCCAAUCAAACAAUGCUGCAGAGUUUACUGCCACAGGUAAAGAGCAGCUCGGACACCACCGAAGAGAUGAAGGGAUACCUGAAGAAUUUCCAUGUCAAAGACAUCCCACGAGAGAGGUACAUGAACCUUUUCCUCUGCAAGUUUGAGCUGAAGGAAGAGAGAUUUCAGGAUGACAUCAGAAUGUAUCUGGAUUCAGGAGCAAAGCUCUCGACCAUCGACUGUGCAGUACUGUCGACCAUGAUGCAGAUAUCAGGGGAAGUGCUCGAGGAACUUGAUCUGACAAAUUCUGUUACACCGUUUAUUGGGACUGAGAAACUUGUCCAGCAAAUGAAGAACUGCAAGAAGGCUGUACUCAAGAACGAUCAGUUAAGCAAAGAUUGCUUAGACGUGCUGCUGUCCAUUCUUCAGUCAGCGGACUCUUGUUUAACAGAGCUCAGCCUGGUGUAUUUUUCUAACGUCAGUGAUGGUUUUCCUUCUGAUCUCUUUGCUGGACUGGAAGGUCCUGACUGUAAACUGGAGACACUGAGGUUAUCUGGGUUUUCUCUAGACUGUAGGGACUGUCACAGACUGGUUUCUGUCCUUCGAUCACACCUGUCACCUCUGAAGGCACUUGAUUUGAUUAACUGCUUAUGCAGUUAUUCAGAGGAUUACAGUGGAUAUUAUACAAAUGAUGUGAAGACCAUUGGAAACUGUGGAGACUUCAGUGAUGAGUCACACCUGCUGACUGUGAUUCCUUCUGCCUUGAUUGGUCCAGUCUGUAAACUGGAGCGGUUCAGCAUGCCUGGUUGUUUCCUGAAAAAUAACUGCUGGCAGGUGUUUGCCUCCGUUCUCAGCUCUAACUCCCAGCUGAGAGAGCUUGACCUCAGCUGCAACGACCUGAAGGAUGUAGGUGUGCAGCUGCUGUCUGUUGGACUUGGGAGUUUAAACUGUAGCCUGGAAACACUGAGGCUGUCAUGUUGUGGGAUCACAGAGGAAGGUUGUGUCUCUCUGGCCUCAGCUCUGAAGUCCAACCCCCUCCCACCUGAGAGAGCUGGGACCUGA